AUGUGGUUGUGCGCGGAGCCUCCACUCCGCCGCGGGGAGGAAACGACCGCCCCGGCGGCGACUGCCGCGGCCGCGGCGCGGGGAGGAGGCGGCGGUGGUGGCCUCCAACCUAUAACUUUAACAAGUGUGUGGAUUUCAUGCUGUCAGGAACUAAAAAUUGGGCAAAGGAUGAUGACAAUAUCUACGGUUGGUGUUCCAAAUACAAUAAAAAUGCUAGCAUCUCACAAGCUUCAGUCAACGCUGGCAGUCAGUCUGCAUGCCCCAAAUCAGAAGCUGCGGGAGACGAUUGUUCCUAGCACCAAGUCUUACCCCUUGGGAGCACUAAUGGAUGAUUGCAAGAGUUACUUCCUUGAAACUGGGUGCAGGGUAUCCUUCGAGUACACUCUGCUAGCUGGGAUUAACGAUGAAAAGGAGCAUGCCGUAGAGCUAGCAGAACUACUUCGUAUGUGUGGAGGUGGUUACCAUGUGAACCUGAUUCCCUAUAACCCAAUUGAAGGCUCCGAGUACAAGAGACCUUACAGAAAAGUGGUCCAAGCCUUUGUUGAUGCUUUAGAAGCACGUAAGAUAACAGUCAGCGUUCGACGGACCCGUGGGCUUGAUGCUAACGCAGCCUGUGGGCAGCUGAGGAAUGAGUUUCAGAAGAAUCCACUACUUGAGAUUGAACUGUCACCCUCCACAGAGCGGACCCUCAUAACUGCUUAAUUCAAACACCUAUCAGGUUGAUGCAGCAUGCUCAAGCAUACGAAAUUGUCAUUUAAUUUAUGGGGACAUUAGGUGUUGUAAAGUGACAGCAAGUUAUGCAUAACGCUAGAGAAUUUUGGAACGUUC